AUGAAUACUACUUUUACCCAAGUUCAUGGCAUGGUUCAGCUACCUCCCAUGGAUGCAAGGAUCACUCCCCCUCCAGAGGAGUUGAACGUUGUCAUCCCCAAGCUGCAAACAUGUCAUAUCCUCCCACCCUCACCUCAAUCCCUUCCGGGUACACCAUACCCAGAAACACCCUCCACUUCAAACCCAUCACCACGAAAGAGACAGCGCCGACGCUCUUCGAGCUCUCGGUCUCGUCCCUCAAGGCCAGAUGCCAAGCAACAACCUCAAGCCAACUCGCGCCUCCUCUUCGAACCUCGCCCCUUUGAGAACCUUUUCACGGAUCAGGCUUACCUUGCCGGUGUCUUCCAGCAACAGGCCUCCCGAGCUUCAGAGCUGAUGAGAAGAUACUGCGCAGUUGAGCAGCAACUUCGAAACCUUGAUGGUGACCAAGGACGACGCAAGCUGCGAAAGCAGCUGAGUUUGCUCAAGUCCCAGAUGAACCAGGCUGUCGAACAGGAAAAGAUCAUUUCCUCUCGUCUUUUUGAUCUGUAUGUCGAGAUGCAGAGUCGUGAGACGUGGGCUCAAGCAUGGACUGCCACCAGCCCGAGUGUUGGGUCACCUUAUUGCCUCAGUCCAGAUCCCUGCAGCUUUUCUGCUCCUGCUACUCCUUUGGUGGGCUCGUCUGGGGAAUUUGUCCCAAUGGGCUACGACUUCCAUCAACCUGCUGGCCCAUUCUUUGCUCCUUCAGAACCGGCAGUGUGGGGCUUGGAAACUGUUGAUGAAGCCGCCGAGGAUCUUUUAUACGGUCCUGAUUCAUCUUCUGCGAGCAUUGAGUCGGAGACUACCCCGGCGACUCCCAUUGCUACAGAGCUUCCCUUUGCUGAAGAGAAGAACGACUCUACAGAGAUCGGAGACGAGUUGGAUGAUUCCCACUUCGUAGUGACAAGGGAGAGGCGAAUGAGUCUCCCUUGUCUUCGUCAUGCUUGGCCGGAAGCCUAA